AUGUCUCUCUCACGAUCAACACGAGAUGUUCUGCUGCUGUCGCGUCAAUUGACUCGGUCGGGCGGCUUCAGAGCCCCUCGUCUACCGCGAACCUCCCGAAUCGUCGCGACAUUCACGCCGCCACAUCAGGCGAGCGCCAUCUCCCGAAUCCAGACCAAUGUCGACGCUACGUCCGAGGAGUUCAAAGAGAAUGAGCGGCAGAUGGGCGAGGUCAUGAGCAAGAUGCAGGACCUCACACGCAAGGUGCAUCUGGGUGGUUCGGCUAAGGCGAGGGAGAAGCACAUUGCAAGGAAGAAGAUGUUGCCGCGUGACCGAGUCACCGCGCUGAUUGACCCGGGAACGACGUUCUUGGAGCUGUCACCUCUGGCAGCACACGAAUUGUACCCCGAGGCCGACGUUCCCGCGGGAGGCAUCAUCACGGGUGUUGGUGUCGUUGAGGGCGUAACGUGUGUGAUUGUUGCCAACGACAGCACAGUGAAGGGUGGAACCUACUACCCAAUUACUGUCAAGAAGCAUCUGAGAGCGCAAGCUGUUGCUCAGGAGAACAAGCUUCCCUGCAUCUACAUGGUCGACAGUGGCGGUGCCAAUCUCCCCCAUCAAGCCGAGGUCUUUCCUGACCGCGACCACUUCGGUCGCAUCUUCUACAACCAAGCAAGGAUGAGCUCGAUGGGAAUACCCCAGAUUUCGGUUGUCAUGGGCCCGUGCACAGCCGGCGGGGCCUACGUCCCCGCGAUGAGCGACGAGAGCAUCAUUGUCGAGAACCAGGGUCAUAUCUUCCUUGCCGGCCCGCCACUGGUAAAGGCUGCCACGGGAGAGGUGAUCAGUCACGAGGAGCUGGGAGGUGGCAAGAUGCACUCUUCAGUCUCUGGUGUGACUGACUACCUGGCGGUUGACGACGCCCACGCAAUCACCCUGGCCCGGCGGAGCAUCAGCAACUUGAACUGGCCGAAAAAGUCACCCUCCACAAUGGCACCGUUGCAAAGUUAUGCUGAACCGUUGUACCCGCCUGAGGAGCUUCUGGGAAUUGCUAGCACAAAUCUGAGGAAGCCUCUGCCUAUCAGAGAAGUUAUUGCCCGCAUCGUCGACGGCUCUGAGUUUUCUGAGUUCAAGCAAAACUAUGGUACGACUUUGGUGACGGGUUUUGCACACAUCCAUGGAUACAAGGUUGGUAUUGUUGCCAACGAUGGCAUCUUGUUUGCGGAGUCUUCCGUGAAGGGCGCGCACUUCAUUGAGCUGUGCGCUCAACGCGGCAUUCCGCUCGUCUUCCUCCAGAACAUUUCCGGCUUCAUGGUCGGCUCUGCUGCGGAGCACGGGGGCAUUGCCAAGCACGGCGCCAAGCUGGUGACAGCAGUUGCCUGCGCAGAUGUGCCCAAGUUCACCGUCGUUGUCGGUGGUAGUUACGGCGCAGGUAACUACGGUAUGUGCGGUCGGGCUUACAGCCCACGAUUCCUCUGGAUGUGGCCGAACGCGCGGAUUGGUGUCAUGGGUGGCGAACAGCUCGCCGCAGUCAUGGAGACCGUUGGCAAGCAGGUCGAUCCUGAGUUGAAGGAGAGAAUAGAGCGAGAAAGCGACGCCACCUACUCUUCGGCCAGGUUAUGGGACGACGGUAUUAUUCCCCCUCAACACACCCGCAAGUACCUGGGAUUGGGUCUCAGAGCCGCCAUGUCGGGCCGUAAUGAGGUCAAGGCGGGCGAUACCAAGUUUGGCGUGUUCAGGAUGUAA